UAGAUGGCAAUACUGAGUGUAAGUGGAGUGGUUGAGUUGGUGGAUAGAAAUGCAUUUUUCGGAAUCUUUAAAAUUAUAAUUUAAGUAAUUUUAGUGAAAAAAUAUUGUUAUCUAUAAUAAUGUUGUUAGAGAUUUUCAAAAUAUUACGUAUAAAUAAUAGAUAUUAAGUCAUUGACGGCUAUUUUUAUAACCUAAAUUAGUCAUCUAGUAAAGAUAAAUGAAGAGGUGACAAACGUUGUCAGGAAUUGCAUUAGUAUAAAUAUAAUUUUGCAUCAAUUAUGAUACAACUAAGCAUCUACUUUAUUGUUCUGUGAUGAUUAACGGCAGUGAUAUUAUCAGAGAUUUUUUUGAUAUCCUAUCAGAAUUGUUCCAAACAACUGUUGCUACAGCGAUACCAAAACAGCUGAUAUAAUUAGUCGAUAGUAAAAACAAUCCAAAGAUGGAGAGUGUCUACAAUUGGUACGAGGACCUCAUGGACAACAGGGGCGAUCCCCGUGUUAAGGAUUGGCCGAUGAUGUCUUCUCCCUGGCCGACCCUAGCUGCUUGUUUGUGCUACGCGGUGUGUGCGAGGAAAAUUGGACCCACGCUUAUGGCUAAUAGGAAACCAUUCGAACUAAGAAACGUACUCAUAGUUUAUAACCUGGCGCAAACUAUAUUCAGUGCCUGGAUAUUUUAUGAGUAUUUGGCGAGUGGGUGGUGGGGCCACUACGACUUCAGAUGUCAACUUGUCGACUACUCUCGAAGCCCCAGAGCCAUGAGGAUGGCGAAUACAUGCUGGUGGUACUACUUCAGCAAGUUCACGGAGUUCUUCGACACGCUGUUCUUUGUGCUGCGCAAGAAGAACGAGCACGUGUCGAUGCUGCACGUGAUACACCACGGCAUCAUGCCCAUGUCUGUGUGGUUCGGGCUCAAGUUCGCACCGGGUGGUCACAGCACAUUCUUCGCUCUGUUGAAUACUUUCGUACACAUCGUCAUGUACUUCUACUAUAUGGUGUCUGCGAUGGGUCCCAAGUAUCAAACAUACAUCUGGUGGAAGAAGUACCUCACUGCCUUCCAGAUGGUGCAAUUCGUGCUGAUCUUCAGUCACCAGCUGCAAGUCCUGUUCCGGCCGUCCUGUCAGUACCCGCGUGUCUUCGUCUACUGGAUCGCGAUGCACGGCUUCCUGUUCCUGUUCCUCUUCAGCGAUUUCUACAAAGCACGUUACAAUAAGGCUGACAGGAAACCUAGGAGCAAUAACAACGGCCUUUGCAUGACGGUGCUGGACGAAAGCAGUUCGCUGAACGGCAAGAACGGCUACAAGCACGAAGAGGGCUCGUCCGUACCGAACUCGUACGCGUCCUCGGCGGCCGACGCCUUCGUCCGUCGACGGCCGAUCUCAUAGUCUUCUCUCCUUAGUAUAUCCACGGUGUAAAUCAGGGUCUGCUCUUAAAUCCAAACCUAACCCUAGAACUAGGAAUCGGUUUUACCACUGCGAUCGAGGACGAAUCGUACAUUGUACUGAAUCAACCAAUAAACGGGACUCGACGUUCUCCGCGACGGGAGCCGUCCCCAGUCCCGUCUAUUAUCGAAAGCUUCCGAUACGAGCGGGUGCGAUUACAUCGUCGUCGAUAGUAUCCCUUCUCCCCAAUUAACCUACGAAUAGCUUUAAUAAAAGUUAAGACAGUAUGAGCCAUCGAGGUGUUUGAAACCGUCUUCUUAGUCUGGACAUGGUGCUGUCUGAAUUAUAUCAUAACAUUUCAAUCGCUCCGGACAUCUCCCGCCUGGGACGUUUCGAUGUUAAGCUUCUAGUGGAAUUGGACAUGUUUUUGUCGACUGCAAAGAUCGCAUUUAACUUUUAUACGUCACUUUAAAUUAUAACUCGUUUAUCCUCAGAGAAAGCCGAUUCACGAUUUUCUUCCUGUAUUAGAUUUUGAAUCGCAAGCACAACGUCCCAUUCGACCUUAAAAAUUUAAUCAUCGAAUGCCUUAUAUUGUUUUAAGUACAAAAACUAUUUACUAGACUAUGAAUUGUUAAAAAAUGGUUAUCUUGUAUAUGCUAUAUUGGUUUCGGAUAUAGUAAUUUUUUUCCUUAUUGUAUAAAUUAGUCAAAAUAUUUUUCGCAAAAUAUUUUGAAUGUUAUCUUGGCUGGUAGUGUGAACAAAUUGUAUAUACAAUGAAUGAAUGAAUCGAGUUCUUUUAGCCGUGCUAUGUACAGAUGUAUCGCGGGGGUUUAUGUAAAUAUAACUUUAUGGUGAAGAUUGAGUCUUAAAGGAUGUUACCAUACAAUUCUUCAAAUCCAGUGUCAUUUAUUAAUUGCAAUUUUAUUUUUAUUUUGUAUUUCGUUAUCAAGCAUUUAACAUGUGUAUAUUCCUUUUUAAUAAACUUUCCGUGUAUGUGAAUUGAUCAAAGAUUAUUUUGAAUACAAAAUGUAUUUUAGAUAUCACUUAAAUAUUUAUUUAUAUUCGCAAAUGUAUUAUUAGACAACUGUGCAGUGUUACAAACCGGUUGAGGUGCCAACAAGCGCUUUUUAGGAAAAAUAAAAAUUGUGAAAUAGAAACAUUUAUAGAUAAUAGGCGUAGUUGAAAAAGAAAUAAAGAAAAAGAAAAUAUAUGGAUCACUUAUAAAUAAUAAUUAAGAGAAAGUAAUAAUAAAAUAAUCGGUAACCAUAGUUAUUGGCAGCUCGACCAGUUUUAAAAUAAUGAAUGGCAUUCAGACUUCGGCCGUUUUGUCAACGACAAGUAUUUCUUAAUAUGUUAAUUUUGUAUCAAGUUUUGGUGUAAUAAUGCUUUAUGUGUUGUGUGAACGGCAAACGGUUGCUUUGGGCGGAAUCGGGCGGUUACCCGAGAUACGAUGCUCAAAUAUUCGCUGCGAAUUCACUAUUUUGCAACCUUUAUUUAUUAUUUUAUUAAAGUAUUUUACAAAAUAU